UUCAGUAUAUUGGAGCAAAAAAUGUGCUGCAAUAGAAAAAACGGGUAGUCGUCUGCUGGCUACAUCCAAUCUCUCCAUUUCACGGCAUUGUGCGAGAUAAGGCUUGUGUAAUUCGAAAAACCUCUCCUUUUGGUUCACAAAAUGUUGAAGGGUGUUGUUGCACUAGUGACUGGUGGAGCCUCAGGUUUGGGCCGGGCAACUGUUGAGAGAAUUGUUCGCCAAGGUGGGCAGGUAGUCCUGUGCGACUUGCCAACUUCCCAAGGAUCACAAGUAGCUGCUGGCAUGUCAGGGAAUGUAAUCUUUGCUCCCACAGAUGUUUCUUCUGAAAAAGAUGUUAUGAAUGCUCUUUCAAUGACAAAGGAAAAGUUUGGAAAGCUUGAUGUUGCAGUAAAUUGUGCAGGCAUUGGUGUUGCCUUCAAAACAUACAAUUUUAACAAGAAUCUCCCACACAAGCUGGAAGAUUUCACCAAAGUGUUAAUGGUAAACACUGUUGGCACUUUUAACGUUAUUCGUCUGGCUGCUGGCCUAAUGGGCGAGAAUCAGCCGAACGAAGAUGGUCAACGAGGAGUGAUAGUUAAUACUGCAUCCGUGGCUGCUUUUGAAGGUCAAAUGGGGCAAGCUGCCUAUUCUGCAAGUAAAGGAGCCAUUGUUGGAAUGACGUUACCGAUCGCACGAGACCUCGCUUCUCAGGGUAUUCGAGUUUGCACCAUUGCACCUGGACUAUUCAAAACCCCUCUGCUCGAGUCGUUGCCGGAAAAAGUUCAGGCAUAUUUGGCGAAAACUGUGCCCUUUCCACAACGUUUAGGCAAACCAGACGAAUAUGCAAUGAUGGUAGAAUCGAUUAUUCUCAACCCAAUGAUGAACGGAGAAGUCGUUCGUGUCGACGGCGCUAUUCGCAUGCAGCCUUGAAAGCAGUGAUUGCUUGGCAAUUAAAUGAGAGUGAACAAGUCUUCUAACAAAGAUAAUCUUGCAGAAAAUAGUAAUAAAAUCUUUAUAUUGCGUA